CUGAAAAUAUCUUUUCGCCAGAUGCCGAGGAGACACUAAUAUGUGCUCUAUAACUAUUAUCAACUUUAGGUUGAGAAACAUUUUAGCAAAGGACAGGGACUCGAGCCAUCAGUUAUUUUGAGUAAAAGUCUUUUCCAGAUGUCCUAACAUGGAGCAGUUAGAUAAGCUGCUCCAAGCGGCCAUCUUAUUUUUUGUGAUUCUAAGUACAAUUAAUAUAGAGGCUCUCUAUACAUAUGGGGCAGCCUCUGACAUUUUCGGCGAAGGAAAAUCAGACAAGGAAAUCCUGGAUAAUUUGUUGCUAGCCACUCGCUACGACAAAAGACUUUUACCUCCAGUUGUCGGAACACUGACUGUAAAUAUGAGUGUCCUUCUCCUCAGUUUGGCAUCGCCAGACGAAUCUAGUUUGAAAUAUGAAGUAGAAUUUUUAUUACAACAACAGUGGUAUGAUCCUAGGCUAACGUAUUCGAAUCAAAGCAAAUAUGAUUUUCUGAACGCCAUACAUCAUCAUAGCGACAUCUGGCUUCCAGACACGUAUUUUAUAAUGCACGGUGAUUUUAAGGACCCUCUAAUACCAGUCCACUUUGCUCUUAGAAUUUAUAGAAAUGGUACAGUUAAUUAUUUAAUGAGGAGACAUCUAAUUUUAUCAUGCCAAGGUAGACUGCAUAUAUUUCCGUUUGAUGACCCACUGUGUUCAUUCGCUAUGGAAAGCAUAUCAUACGAGCAAUCAGCGAUAACAUACGUUUGGAAGAACGAUGAGGAUACUCUUCGGAAAUCCCCGUCGCUCACAACGCUCAACGCCUAUCUAAUUCAGAAUCAAACGAUAGCUUGCCCCACGAAAGCCAGUUGGAGAGAUUUGGGCGAGGCGUUUGAGUCUGGGUCUGGGGGGUCACCAAGGGAUUGCAAAUGCUCGUUAUGUCAAAGGCGAUUCGAGGAACAAGGAAACUACAGCUGCUUAAAAGUAGACUUAAUCUUCACUCGAGAUCGAGCUUUUUAUUUCACCACCGUCUUCAUCCCAGGGAUCAUUCUAGUCACCUCAUCGUUCAUCACUUUCUGGUUGGAAUGGAAUGCUGUUCCUGCCAGAGUCAUGAUUGGUGUAACAACAAUGCUCAACUUUUUCACAACGUCGAACGGCUUUCGUUCGACUCUACCAGUUGUGUCCAAUCUGACGGCAAUGAACGUGUGGGAUGGCGUGUGUAUGUGCUUCAUCUACGCCAGUCUCCUGGAGUUCGUGUGCGUCAACUAUGUCGGACGCAAAAGGCCACUCCACAACGUCGUAUAUCGGCCAGGAGAGAAUCCGGUUGCUCAGCGGCUGCCGGCGGUACUGAGUCGCAUAGGUAUGGUUCUGGCCACGCCGUUGGGCGAGCGGAAAUCAGAUGGGCCCAACGACAUAGUUGCAUGUACAAAUUGUGGGCCCAACACGUGCACACAUACGGCGAACAAUGGUUGUGCGUCAGAGGCUCGGCGGAAAGAACCUCCUCAUCCGAUCCGGGUGGCCAAAACGAUAGACGUCAUCGCAAGAAUAACGUUUCCCGUAGCUUAUUCAAUUUUCCUCAUUUUUUUCUUCAUUCAUUACAAAGGUUUCCAAAACAACGCAGAGGGCAUUAUCAUCGACUCGGAGCCUGACGCUCAGCCGUUGAAGAUGCCUCAGCCGGAAAAUACUGCCUCCACACACCAAUCGAACUUCGAUCAUCAAACAACAUCCCAUUUGUCACCUUUCUCCUCCGAUACCACACCACACUGACCACAAAUUAUCUCAGUUUCUACUUUCUUUUCAAGCCAAAGAAGAAAACUUUCUCAUUUUGUACAGAAUCAUCUCAAAACGCACUUUACCUUAGUCCUUAAUUUCUUUUUAUACUCUAUAUUACCUGCCCAUUUUGACGUCAUGAUGAAAUCAACACACAGCUGCUCAUAUAGGCAUUCGUAUUUAAAAUAAGGGAUGUGACCGAACAAAACGAUCGGCGAUCGGCACGAAAAACAUAUUAUUACUAUUACCGAAAUAUCUCCGCAGAUAUUAAGGCAACACUCAUACCUUUCUAACACAGCUUAAAAAUGUGUUGGAUAACAUUUUUAGCGCGUUUAUUCGGACUUAGAGGACGAAUUUAAAUAAUGUAAAUUCAGGUUAAACAUUUUAGAGCUGAUGAUGAAAAUUAAAGAUGACAAGACAGAGAAUCUGCGUAGUAUAGUCCACUCCCAAUUCACGUACCUAUCAAAAGCCUAGCCGCGCCAGCAUGGCGUGACCUCUUUGCCCGCGAAUAGUAUAUAGAUGACCAUUAAAAUGAAAUUGUAUCAUCACGCAGAUUAGGCACCAUUAACUUGAAUGUAGUCACAUUUUGUGUCGAUAAAGACGUCACGACGUCCAAUCAUAACAUUCAAUCGGGAGCAGGGGCGAGGCGUGGGUGAUCAACUAUCGAUAUUUCCCUAUUUGAAGUUAUGGUAAAGAAUCGAUUAUCAAGGCGUUCGUUGCGAACACUCUGUUUAUCGAUCCGUUUCCAUAGCUUUAAAUGACAAAUAAAUCGAUUUAUCGCAAAGCACGCAACCCCAAUGCAAUCAAAGUUGAGCAACAAAGCUUCAUCUGGCUCCGUAGUUGCAAGUGCUUAUUGUGCGGGGUAAAUCAAACUGCAUCAUUUUGGGUUGAUUAAGUCAUGGACCGGUUCCGCUUAUUGACUUGCCGCCUCCACAUUGCGAGACGUUUCCGAUUUUACAGAUCAGUAGAAUCGGUACGUAAUAUUCGCCGGACCGAUUUACGAGGAAUCCGGGGCUUGUGAAUACAAGUUCCCGAUGGAGCUUAUUUUGGUCCAUUUUCUCAAUACUUAAAUUCUUGAGUUCCAGCUAUUUCCGUAACUCAGAAGUGUUUCUUUUUAAAUCAUUUCACUCGCCAUGCCUACGAAAUUUGCAAUGAAUAAUUUGCAGACUUCUGGACGUUUGUUAAGUUCAUGUGUAAAAUGAAACUACUGGAAGAACUGAGCACGAGGAUAGCCUUGGUUUCUAAAUUGAACAAUAAUUGGAGGAAUAUGUUCAAAUGGGAAAUGCCGCCAGAUGACGACACAACGCGGCAAAUUUUCUCUUUUUCAAAUCCAUUUUUCUUUAAUUUUCUAUUUCGGAAAAAAAUUAUGAAAAAUACUGCGAAAUCAGCUCAUUAAGCACACUCACAAUCAUAUGAAGCAUUACAAAUUGUUCGUGCAAAUUUUCCAUUCUGCAUAAGCAAAUGAUAAAAUUAAAGAAAAACCCAAAUAAUCAUGAUAAAAUGUUGAUUUUUGUGAUGUAGAGUUCUCAUCUUCUUCACUUAAAAUUAUGCGUGCAAUUUUUAGACCAUGGACCUAGGUAUCCGAGUAGUGCCCUGUUAUCAGCGACGGCGAUAACUAUGUACCACCCACGGUCGUGCCAAUGCCUCAUUGUAUUCUUCCUCACAACUGUAAAGUGAUUACGGCCGCUCUUACACAACUAAGCUUACAAGCAGUGACGUCAGUCUGAUACAAUUUAUUACCAUCAUAUCUUCCAUUCAAAUUCAAAACGCGUAAGCAUUGGAACGGAAGUGCGGGAGGAAUAAGCAAUGUCAACGACAUCGACCAAAA